AAUAGCCCAGACAGGGUUCUUGGGGCUUUAUUUGGGGCCCAACGGCUCUGACAUUUCCUUGCUUUCGCCGGGUAGAAGUCGAGGUGCAAAGGGUACCCCGCCUCGCUCGCCAAACCUGCUGCCUUGGGCUAACCUUCCCCCCACAAUGCUGACUCCUCUGCAUUUUGAUUGGAGAAGACGCGGGGCCAAGCCUCCCACCAUUCAUUUUGGUGAUGACAACAUGACAACCUUCGAAUGAGGACGAACCUUGUCUUAUUGGUGACAGACAACGUCUCUCUUGCAGACACUCGUCACUCGAGAAGUCGCUCACUAACAUGUCUUCCAUGGGGCUCGCGCCUUCUUCCUCUGGUCAGUCAAAGUCAACGCCACGUCCGAAGGAGGGAACUUGGUGGUGGUCCCUGCCCGAGAUGCCUGAAAUCAUUUGAACGCCGGUAAGUGUCGUGGCGGCCCCGGAGAAUCUUCAUGUUCGCUACCGACACCUUGAUACCAGGGAUAGCUUACGUCGUCACAUGCGUGUGCAUGAUGAGCACAGGAUAUUGAAAGGGAGGACGAGAUCGGCUUGUGUGGGCUGUACCAAGUCAAAGAUCAGGUGCAGCCGCGAGAACCCAUCUUGUAAAUCGUGCUUGAAACGAAAAAUCCCUUGCGUCUACAGCCCCAACUCCAAAUCUCCACCCUCUCUUAAUCAGAAGCCAGAUACGACAGAUACGACAGAUCCCCCCCUUCUCGGACCUCCGCAGCCGGCGUCACGAUCAGAGGCAUCAUCCCAUCAUCUUCCUGCCACUCAAUCCUCUUUUACAUUCGCGAACUGUUCGACCAGCCAAAUCCCACCCCCCCGACAAUGAAGUUGUCCCUGCGCCAAUGGGUUGGAAUGGGGAAAUAGCACUUCCAGGGGAUAUUGCGAUGGCCGCCAAUUCGGGUGCCCCUUUUGAUAGCGGGUUCUCCAAUCUGCUUGAAGACGGCAACGAUUUCAAUUCGAACCUCGGUUGGUUGUUCGACCCCGUGUCUGGCAAUGGCAUAGCCGCGACGCCCAAUCUUUUCGUUCCAUGCAAUUUACCCGAUAACUCGAACCAGGAAGACUUGCCAGCGGAAGAAGAAUCAUUGGCUUCGCUUACUCAACAACUAACGCGAUCGAGCGGCGAUGACGCCUUGGAGGACAUGAUGAACCCAUACGAGGGAGAACAACCUAUACUCGACCUGCCUACGAUCCCCCUCUCUGAGGACGGGGCAGUCUCGACAACCCUUGGCCGCUGGAGUGGCAUGCCGAGCGCUGUCAGCUGCCUUUGGAGUUGCCAGAGUUAGGAACUGAUGAUGCUGAAGUUGGCCAGCGCUUUUCACAAUUCUUUCCGGCGUAAAAGCUACAACCCUCCACUGUUGAGGCCCUCACAAAUUAGAAUAGGAUCCGGCCAUCACGCUCGCCAUCGCUAGCGUCAGGGCCUGUCUUAAGCAUCUGGUCCAUAGCAAAGACAUUUGCAAAUACAAUGUCAGAGAUCAA